CCAGCAGACUCUGCCGCAGUUUUACACCCCAUCCAUCAUGCUGACCAAGAAGUGUAUUUUUCACAAACCGAUAAAAGGUCAAAGGUCCUCUUAGGUGGGUCCGGCCCACAGCAGAACAGAUUCAUGUGUUGGUUUGAAGCAGACUCUUGCAGUGACUCUUUUGUUGGCGUUUGUUAUGUUUCCUCUGAUAAUAUGUGAUGCACACAUCGCUGCAGGAGUCAUGUGUCAACAGAGCACCACCAAAACUGCGUUAUACCUUUUGUAAAUCCUUUGUAUAAAUCCGUAAGUCCGACCCUGAAGGAUCUGAGUCAUCUGUGUUUCAUGAAGAAGAAGCUGAUGAUGUUAUCUUAUUUUCCUAUUCUACAGAAAUAUCAAAUGAACAUUGGUGAUCUGAUCUAAGCCUAUCAUACUUCAGGGUCCGUUGUAUUAACUUAAUGACGAUAUGUUUUGAUGUUUUUUUUAUUCUCCAGUGCCUCCAAAAGUCAAAGCAAUUUUAAGUCCAAGCUGAAGGAUCUGCAGUGUCACUUCACCUGGGCUCUCACCCGCAAGAAGUCCCGACUUUUACGUUUAAAGGACAAGCUUGAGGACAUCGGCACCAAGAGGGGAAAUCGAUGGCUGGGCCACAUUUACAACCUGCGGGGGUUUAUUGAGCAUAAGCUGGGGUUAAAUGAAGAGGCUAAGAGUUUGUUUCAGAAGGCUACGGAGGCACUCAAUAAGCUGAGAAAGGCAGAUGAGGGUCCUUGGUUAGUGGUGAACUACGGGAACCUGGCCUGGCUGCACCACCACAUGGGAGAUCAAGCAGAGAGUCAGGCUUACCUGUCAAAGGUUGAUGCCCUGAUGAAAAAAUAUCCAUCUCCAUCCCGGGACGACCUCCAUCCAGAGAUCUGCGCUGAAAGGGCCUGGACGCUGAUCAAAUUCGGUAAAAAGGUACUGCCGCAGGCUGCAGAUCUCUUCGAGAAAGCCAUCAGGAUGCAGCCACACAGGGUGGAGUGGGACUCCAGCUAUGUGUUAGGUUUAGCGUGUGCCAGUAAGCACAGCGAAAGCGGGGUAGACGCUAACUCCCUGAAGAAAAUGAAACGCGCAAGGAAUCGGGAUCCAAAGAACUUGUACCUCGCUGCUGUCUACCUUACACAACUUGCCAAGAAAGAACAAAAAGUUGAGGAUGAAGCACAGAAGUUGGCAAGUCAGAUCUUGAGAAAUCCCGUCAGCAGCUACAGCGGUAUAAAGCCAUUACUGAGACUUUACACAAAGUACAUAUCUGUAGAUGAGGCCAUUGAUUUGGCAGAAGAGGCUCUGAAAAAACAUCCAGAUGAGCGUUAUCUUAAGAGGUGUGUUGCGCUCUGCUACAAGUGGAAGAUCUUGUUUUUCAGAGAGAGUCGCCCAAGGCCAGGCAUGACAGAGAGGGCAAUCAGUCUCCAUAGAGAGGUUAUUUCUCUUUACCCUAACUCUUCAUUCGUCAAGAAAAUUGAUCUUGCAAGUGUGUACGCAAAGUCAGACAAGACUAAAGCCGAGGAGAUAUUCCAAGAACUGCUCCAAAGGGAUCUGGAGCCUGCAGACAAACAGGUGCUUUACAACCGAUUUGCAAAGUACUUAUACCAUGAUAAACAGGAUCACCAAGGGGCAAUGCAGUUCCACAUGAGGGCUGCUUCGAUAACAGUCGAGUCCUUCUCCCGUAACGACAGCAUCGAAGCUCUGAGGAGAACAAAAGACACAACAAAGUGGAACCGAAAGAGUGAAGAAAUAGAAGAGUUUCUGGCUAAGCUGAAACUGUAGUGUCCUCCAGAAAAAUGGAGGUAGUGUAUCACCUACAACAAGAUCAGGAGCACUCGCAAAAAUGAAGCUGAGGUGGUGUAUGAAAAUCAUACAAUGACUUCAAACGGUGAAGUUUUACAGCAGCCUCGAUUAGUUUCAGUGUAAUUAAGCUUUCUUUGCAAGGAACGCUAAAAUAAGAUUUUUUUUGUUACGUUUACAAAUCGAUCAAUGUUUGAAAUUCAUACCGACAUGUAACAGGACUCCCUGCUGGCUGUGUUGUUGUUGGCGCCGUGUAAACAUGGACAGGACAGCCUUGAAUGUCACUUAAGACUUUUUAGAUCACGGUCAUUCCGUGUCAAUUAACAUGAAAUGUGAAGCUACGAGCUAACUAAAGAGCGCUAACAUUAGCAUGCUAACACAACGAUGAAGGACAGGUGAUUGCAGUUUGAGUAAAGGACAGUUUUGUCUGCUGCUUAUGCUUAAUGGUGUUUAAUUUCGGUGCGAUCCAUUUUAUAACUCAGUCGUGGGAAUGCGAGUGGAGGGGGGUUGGAGGUGUGUUGCUGGAGGAGAGCGGAGGCUUCAGUAUGGAGGAGGUGUGGUCUAACAGCAG